AUGGUCACAUUCACAGAUUAUGAGCUCCCGCUUUUUAGAAAAUAUAUAGAAGUUCAAAGAUCUUCAAACAAUCGCAAUUCCGAAAAUAAAUCAACUGUCCAGAGCUUUUUGGAAGGACUAAGAUACGAAAAUUUCAUUCCCAGAUUUGUCACUGAGAAAAACAAAUAUUUUUAUUAUAUUCUUGUAUUGCUAAUGUUUGGUCUAAUUGGUGUCUACUUGAGGCUUAAAUUUGAUUUGGAUUUUAGUGAUAUUCUGGAUCCCGCUUCACCCUAA